GGCCCUCACGGGCCUGCACUCUUACCAUGGCUGCAGCCGGCCCCAGCGUCUUCCUGCUCAUGGUCAACGGGCAGGUGGAGAGCGCCGAGUUUCCAGAAUACGAUGAUCUGUACUGCAAAUACUGCUUUGUGUAUGGCCAGGACUGGGCCCCUACUGCGGGUCUUGAGGAGGGCAUCUCACAAAUCGCAUCCAAGAGCCAAGAUGUGCGGCGGGCACUGGUGUGGAAUUUCCCCAUCGACGUCACCUUUAAAAGUACCAACCCCUAUGGCUGGCCACAGAUUGUGCUGAGCGUAUAUGGACCAGACGUGUUUGGGAAUGAUGUGGUUCGAGGCUACGGAGCGGUGCAUGUGCCCUUCUCACCUGGCCGGUACAGAAGGACCAUCCCCAUGUUUGUGCCAGAAUCCACGUCCACACUGCAGAAAUUCACAAGUUGGUUCAUGGGACGCCGGCCCGAGUACACAGACCCCAAAGUGGUGGCUCAGGGUGAAGGCCGAGAAGUGACCCGUGUCCGCUCCCAGGGGUUUGUCACCCUCCUCUUCAAUGUGGUAACCAAGGACAUGAGGAAGCUGGGCUAUGACACGGGACCCCAGAGUAUCCUGGGGCUCAGCCCGGCCCAAGGCAUCCCUCCAUGAAGACCUCAGCUGUCCUCCGGAGUCUGGAUAGUGCACUGUGUGGCUCCCACAUACACAAGAACUUUUCCCCUAGGUCAGCCACAGACCCAUUGGCCUCAGGUGUGACCUGUGAUGCUGGGGUGGGCUGUGGUAAAAACUAUGGGGUUUUAUAUAAUAAAUAUUUUGAGAGAGCCCGGG